GAAAGCGAGUUCAGUGAAGAAAAUUCAUCACUCUGCACCAUGUCUGAUUUAGCAAAGAAUUUAUUAACCCAAUAUUACGGUCUUGGUACAGGAUCAAACGGUAAAAGAUUUUUAUCUAUUCAUCAAAGUGUUGAAAAUAUAAAACGCGAUGAAGAAAUACAGGUUAUCGAGCAAACCUCUUCAACGAACGAGGAAAAGUCUUCUGACGAAGAAUCUCAGAAAGACAAUAAUGAAUGUCGAAAACUCAGCGUUGCAAAUAAUUCGUAUCCUCCUUCAUCCGAAGUUUAUGAUGACAUAGAGGACGCGUAUGAUUUCGAUGAAAAUCUCGAUGAUUUUGAAUCAAAUAUGGACGAUUUUGCUGAAAAUACGCAGUCUUCUAUUACAAAUGAUCAAUCAUCAAACGCUAUUAAAGAAACAGUUGAGGAUUCAGAAGCGAAUGAUUCAAAAAAUACAAAUGAAAAUGAUAUGAGUCUAACAUUUAUCGAGGACGCUUUUCCGGACAGUGGUUCAGAUACUUCCACUACACUAAACAAAUCGGAGAAAUCUUCGCGAACUGAUACAAAUCUGCCAGUACCUAAGAAAGAGCCAAUAUGUAAUCAAACAUUUGUAGAUUUCUCUGGCACUGAAUUAACACAAUUUCCAAGUGAAAUAUUAAUAAAAUUUCCAUACAUAAGGAUGUUAUACGUGGCAGAUAACGAUUUGACCGAACUUCCAGCUGAUAUUUUUACCUCCUUGAGAUAUCUUGAAUGGCUGGACGCGAGGAACAAUAGCCUAUCCUCUCUAUCGGCUACCAUUAAAUUCCAUACGUGCUUAGAAACUCUCCUGCUUCAGAGAAACAAAAUUGAAAAUUUACCGUUAGAACUCUGCACUUUGCCAAAACUGAAAACCCUUCAGGUGGCACAAAACCCACUUAUCACGCCCCCGCAAGAUGUCGUGGCUUCAGGUUAUUCGGCUAUUCUUGAAUUUUUGCGGAUCGAAUGGAACAAUGCCCACCCUGAAGAGCGAGUUGAGUUCAAGGAAAAUAAAAUUGAGCCGAAACUGUCGACGAUUCUUUGCUAUCAGUCUCCUCGAAGAAAUAAAAAGAAAAUUGUGCCAUUAAAAAGUGCAGUACGUAACAGAGAUCCCUCUACAGUAGAGAAACGCAAAUCUUACAAGCCUAGUAGCAGGUGUGAAAAUAAAGGCGCAAAUAUUUCACUGGAAUAUCGUUCGCUUUUGUUUUCCAAAAUAAAAGAAUGGUUUGAUAAACAAACGUUAAUACUACAAAAAGUAAAGGAUGAAAAUGUUUUAAAAAAAUGGAGGAGAGAUAAGAGAAGUUUUAGUAUUUCCAUGGAAAAGGCGAUGAAAAGAAGUGAAGAUGAUAUUCCUUUUGGAUUUGAUCUGGAAGAUUAUGCACCCAUAUUUAGGCAUAAUUUAAAAUCGAAUAAUCAAAGGGGAUCAAAGAUAAAAAGGAAACAAAAAUUCGUUCCACCAACGGAUAUUAACAAGAAAAUUAAUGAAUUGUUGAAAUCUUUAAACGAACUUGAAGUUAAAGAUGCACAUACAACCUCGCCAAGAACUAAACAAAAUUUGUUUAAAAAUGAAAUAGAAAAGAUACUACAAUUCCAAAAUGAAAUCCAGAACUUGAGAAAAUAUAAUGACGUCGCAACAGUGCCACUGAAAAAAUUAAAUAAAUUGCAAUGA